UUCACGUUGCAAACUUAGUAGCUUGUGCAGUAAUGAUGAACAUUGUCUCAACUGCAUCUGAUCUAAUGCAGGAUUUCAAGACUGGAUACAUGACACUAUCUUCACCGUGGUCGACGUUUGUGAGCCAAGUGGUAGGCACUGCAAUGGGAUGUGUCAUAUCUCCUUUUGUGUUUUGGUUGUUCUAUAAGGCAUUUGAUGACAUUGGACAGCCUGAAAGUGCUUAUCCAGCGCCUUAUGCAACGGUCUGUCGUAACAUGGCUCUUCUCGCAGUCAAGGGCAUCUCUGGUCUCCCAAAGAACUGUCUCUCCCCAUGCUAUGGGUUCUUUGCAGCAGCCAUUGUGAUAAAUUUGAUAGGAGACUUAUCAGGGAAGGUCAGUCAGUAUAUUCCAAUAUCUACAGCAAUGGUAAUUCCAUUCUAUAUGGGCCCAUAUUUUCUAGUGUUUAUAGCUUCAUGUUCCGAGUGUAAACGGUACUCGAACACUGUUAACAUAAAUAGUUGUGUUUCAUCUGUUAUUGUCAUAUAUAUGGGUAUGAACUAUCACAUGUAUUGUCAAAAUAUUUUCAAAUAAAUUUGUGUUUGGUCAUUAUUCAUAGAUAAAAAUUAAUCAUAUAUUGGGAAGAAUAUAAUAA